UAAUGGAGGUCUACUUUGUCACCUUCAACUUUCCUUCCUAAAACUUCUCUCUCACUUUAAACAUUCAGCUUGUUAUUGAAGUAUAUGAUUGGGUGCCAUUUUCUACGUUCUUUAUCGUCUCCGACCAUGUGAUGUGGGUAGGUAUCAUAGAAACACCCUUUUUUUUUUUUUUUUUUAAUCUUUGUUAAAAGACUUUUGCAGAUGACUAGAAAGACAAGUCAAUCGCAAAUGCAAUGGGUUUUGGUCUUUCUUUGCAAUUCUUUAUUCUCAUUUAUGUUUCGUGGAAGCCCUCUCUUCUUUUCCCUCUCUCUCCUGAGGCAACAUAGUCAGUAGUUUUUUUAGUUAGAGAGAUAGAGAUUAAACUGAGAUUACCAUGUCUGAGAUCGUCAAAGAAGGUUGGAGAAAGUAUCUGUUACAACUGCAACUCCACCCUCUCAGAACAAAGGCAAUUACAUCUGGAGUUUUGGUUGGAUGUAGUGAUGUAAUUGCUCAGAAUAUUUCAGGAAUCAGAAAACUUCAACUGAGAAGAUUGCUUCUUUUAAUGCUAUAUGGCUUUGCAUAUGCGGGACUCGGCCAUUUCCUUCACAAAUUGAUGGAUAUCAUUUUUAAAGGAAAGAAGGGGAACAAAACUGUUGCAAAGAAGGUUUUGUUGGAACAAUUAAGUUCUUCUCCUUGGAACAAUUUGUUUUUCAUGAUAUACUUUGGGUUGGUAGUUGAAGCAAUCAUUCCGCAAGAGUUUUUGGGUGAGUGCACUCUACUCGAUGAUGGAAGCACGUUUUUGGCUACCGUUCUUGCAGGGAUGUUGAAUCAAGUGCUUCAUGCAGCUUCCUCCUUGUAA